UCACCCAACAUGGAUGCCGUCUCUUUUCCUAUCCUUCGUCUACCACAACCUGCGCUGAAAAAUGCUCUGCGACAAAUGUUUCUAGUGGAACAUAUUUCUCUAUCAGUUCUCUCGGCUAAAGCAAAGCAACAGGUCGCAAAGUUAAACGAAAUUCGUGGGAAUAUUUAUUUGUUCGUGUCGUCUUCAAUGGUUGGUUUCAACCUACGUUCAAAAUGGAUCCAUUUUGAUCUCUCUGUCGACCUGGAUAAGUCUACUAUUGAAAUCCGCAAACAUGAAGCUCCUAGAUACGAAUUAACCAAUCUAUCAAUGCCUGGGUUUACCGCGAAACAGUGGAUCGACCAUAUUGGGUGUGUAUUCUUGAAGAACGGAAAUCUGACAUUGUUAGUCCAGAAUCCACAGAGAAGAAUGAUAGAAGAACGUUAUGAAUACAUCCGAGAAUUUCGCAUUGUCAAAUUGGAAAUUUACUCUGCUGAGAUUCAAGAAAGCCCGCUUUAUGAUAUGUUUCCGUUACUGAAAUGCUUGAGUUUUGGGCCCUUUCCAAGACAUCAAUCAAUUCUUAUUCAGAAUGCUGACAAAUUUAUAUUUAACGAGUCAAAAUUUACACUCAACGAGAUAUUACUAUGCAACUGUUCCUCAAUAAGUGUAGACAAUCAAGUCACUUCCGACAAGGAUUUAAACCGUUUCAUGAAGCACUGGAUCAAAGGAUCCAACCACCGACUCGAACUCUUCCAAUACCACUGUCGACCAAAUAAUAGAGCUCUAAUUGUAGAAUCUGAACUGUUUAAAGGUAUCGAUUACAAGGUAGAACAGAUGGAUCGUUAUUGGAAACAAUUUGAAAUUGAGAGAAACGAUGGCACAAAAGCAAUGAUCGCAUUUGGAGAAAAUGGUUUCGUUUCCUUUAUCAUGUGUGUCUCACCGUUGGUCUUGUUAGAUGUGCCUAAUUUUAAUUUUUUUUACUAGAAAGUUCUAUGAAAAUUCAAUUCUCAUCUAUUUCUCUUUCUAUGCACAAUAAAGUAAUUAACUCU